CCAUAGUCCGCUGCUCUUCCUCUCGUGUGUAAACUGAGGGUGGGAGAAAGCAUCCCUCUUAAAGGGGCCACGGUGCCUGCGGUGUGGGCCCCACUUGUUGGCCCAAAAAGGGGGCCUUCAAGUGUAAGAUUAGCGCUCCCCGGACUCAAAUGGACUCACUGACGGCAAGAAGUCUCGUGCUUCAGAGUGAAGCUUAAUUGAAACGCGGGGCGGUUUUGAGAUCAUGGAACAUGGCCGCCAGGGCCGCCAGCGGGCCUCUGAAACCAUCCGCAAGCAGAAACGCAAGGAGCUGGAUGCCCGGCGCAGCAAAUGCCGCAUCCGUAUUGGCAGCCAUCUGGAGCAAUGGUGUCAGCUCAAGGAACAGCUGGGAUUUUCCUUGCACUCCCAGCUUGCCAAGUACCUGCUCGACAGGUGAGGAGAGAUACAGCUCACAGGGCUGUGUGCUCAAAGUGGGACAGGAUAGUUCCAGUGCUCCUGCCACCCCUCUUCCUGCUGAUGCUUUGCAGACCCUUGUGGUCCUUUCUCACAACCACAGCCAGGAGUGUGGCUUCAUUCCCGACGUGAAGUCCCCGUCGCUGGCACAGAAGGGAGCUCCUGGGGGCCUGGUGUGGGAGUGCCUGGCAGGUCACACUUUCUCCUGGAGCCCCCCCAGCCCUCUGCCUUCCACACUGCCUCCCCGCAAAGCAACCUGCAGAAGCAAGGAAGAUAAAGUGGCAAGUUCCAAGUCCAGCCCUCUACCCUCCCCUGUCAUCCGACGCCGGCGCUCCCUCCGCAGGGCAGCUGCAGCCCAUGCUUUUUCUUUAGCACUCGCUUCUAACUCGCCAUGUCCUAUGGAUGAGGCAGAGCCACCUUCUAAGGAAGAUGUGCAGGGCAGCAUGGACCAAGAGCAGACAGCAUGCUUGUCUCCCAUUGGUGGAUCAGGCCUAGGCGAGGAGGAAGAAUUGCUUGAUAACGACAAGGCGGAGAAGGCGGCUCCCUCCGAAGAGGUUCCAAGCAGCACAGAAAUUGCAGUACCUGAAAGCACUUUGCCCCUGCCAGAGGGAAAACCGCAGUCAGAGCCUGACCCACCAGAGGAGGAGGAAGGAGGAGGAGGAGGAGAGGAUUUGGAGGAGGAAGACCGCUUGGCAUAUACAGACGACCUGCGAGAUGAAAAUUAUCAUCCUUCCCUUGACAGCUGUAAGAAGCAGGCACAGCCUGGUGAUGAAGAUGUGGCCCAGAUUGGUCCAAAAAGAAUCAGGAAGGCAGCCAAGCGAGAGAUCCUCCUCUGUGACUAUGAUGGCUGUGGGAAGAUUUUUUCCAACCGCCAAUACUUGAAUCACCACAAGAAAUACCAGCAUGUCCACCAAAAAACAUUCACUUGCUCUGAUCCCAGCUGCGGCAAGUCUUUCAACUUCAAGAAACACCUCAAAGAGCACGAGAAGCUGCACAGUGACAAACGAGACUACAUCUGUGAGUUCUGUGCCCGCUCCUUUCGCACUAGUAGCAACUUGAUCAUCCACAGGCGGAUCCACACAGGGGAAAAGCCUUUACAGUGUGAGAUCUGUGGGUUCACCUGCCGCCAAAAAGCCUCCUUGAACUGGCACAUGAAGAAGCACGACGCGCACUCCUUCUACCAGUUUUCCUGUGACCUCUGUGGCAAGAAGUUUGAGAAGAAAGACAAUGUCACUGCUCACAAGAGCAAGAGCCAUCCGGACGCUGCUGCUGGACCUCCCCAGCUGUUGCAGGAGCCCCCAGCCCUGUGUCUCCCAAUAGUGAUGGAGCAGCUGGAACACCUCCCUCAGAGCCAGGCCAGGGACACUGAAAAGAGAGCGGAGGUGUCUGUUCUUGCUGCGAUGGUUGCGAUGGAUUGAAGGAACUAACAAAGAAAGAAGUGUGGCGGUAGAGAGGAUUCCAGGCCAAUCCUGCUAGCGACAAAUGGGCACUAGAAGUGUUUCCAGUGAAUCGCUGUCUCAUGGGGUCACCCCCUGAACUUUGUGACUGUGGAUUGCAACCCAAGUGAAUCACCGAGAUGAAAGCCCUUGAGGCAACACACUUCUAACCAUGUUUCCUAAUCACAGCUUCUUUCUCACUUGGUUCUAGCAACCAGAGAGAGUCAGGGGCUCAGCCAUCCCCGUUAAAGGAAUUCUUAAGUACUCGGCUCCCAAACUUCUUCUUCGACUCAAUAGGAUGGGGACCCCUUCAGGAGGUCCAGCUAGGGUUCCCAGCACAUAUUUCUUGGGACAGGUUGUCCCACAGCUGAAAAAAAUGGCACUUGUUCCUCUUGGAAGGUUACAUCUAUCGUCACCCUGGUUUUCUUUUUGAUAUGCCUGGGGGGAAACCCAGCUUGAACCCAAAAGAUUUGGACAGAUGCACUGUGAUACAGAUGCAAAACGCAGGACGCGGUAGCCCUGUUCCAAUGGGAAGGCCACCUUUGCUUGCUGAAUGAAUGAGGCUCGUGGCUUUUUAUGUUGGGUUUUUGUCUUAAAGUAAGGUUUAGCCCCCAUGGGAGUGAUGAUGUUUUUAAAAAAGAUUAUGUGAGACUUUGGUGCCCUGUUUAGGAAACAGGCCCUUCGAGAGCAGCUUUUGGUCCUGGUCCCUAUUGCUGCACGGGGAUUUUUUGUGUGUUUGUGGUCAGCCUGCCGCACAACACAGCUUGUCUUUUAAUGCUUGUAAAGAAAAAAAAACACAUCUAGACCUGAACAUCUUCAUACGCUUGAGAGUUCAGCCCAGUUUCCCCUUCAUCCUCUCCCCCACCCUCUUUUUUUCUUAGAAAACAGCAUCAUAACAUCAGCAGGCUGUGUUCUCAGGUGAGCAGCAUUCAUGUUCCCUUAGCGAUGAUUAAGAGAUUGGAGUCCCCUGGAAUUCCCUGAAGGUGUGAAGCAGACCCUAGCACCGUGCUGGCGAACCUUUGGCACUCCAGAUGUUAUGGACUACAAUUCCCACCAGCCUCUGCCAGCACAGCCAAUUGUAGGGGCUGAUGGGAAUUGUAGUCCAUAACAUCUGGAGUACCAAAGGUUUGCCACCACUGCUUAGCUGUAAGAGUGGUCUUCUUAGGGAACUGUUCAGCUGCUCUCUAGGAUCUCAGACAUGCCCUAUUUUUCCAGCCUGCUGUCAGAGCACAUUUUGGUCAAGAGCAGAGGAAUGAAGCUGCGUUACUCUGAGGCUGCUGGCCUCGCUGGUUGAGUGGUAUCUGUGCCAUGUGCCUACAGUGGAAUCCAGACAAAAAAGGGUCUUUCCUAACUCUUGGCUGCCCUCUGAUUGGAGAGGAUGAGGCUUGAACCAGGGAACUUCUGCAUGCAAAGCACAUACACUCUCUUCUGCGCUUCCUCCUGUUCCUUUUGAGAGUCGGAGACAGGAGCUGUGCUGGGCACUGAGGCCACUGUCUCCACUCCUUUUGCUGCUGAGGUAGGUUUAUCAGCCAUGGUCCACAAACACUGUGGCCUAAACAAUAUGUAAUCUUCUUGGAAACAGAAUAGUUGGGAUUUAAUCUGUUUCCAGUGAAUGGUGUGAUUUUCAGAAAGCUGUAUCCUCUCUAGCCAAUAGCAUACUUUAGGGUGGCAUUCUGUAAUACAGAGUAUCAUGGACUAUGGCAGGAGUCCCCAUAAGCACCAUAGUGCCUGCUGAAACCUUUCCUAGCACCCACUACGUGGUUUUUUUUUAAGUGAGUGGGUCCAGGUAGGGCCUUUGCCUGGCAAGGUUUCUGAUAGGCCAUUGGGGAACGGAUUGCCUGUGCAGAUUGGCAGCUGCCAGCACAGCACAAAGAUCUUCACUGUGUGACUGAAGGUAAGCUGUGGCAGCCAUUUUGUGCCUGGCUCGGCUUCCUGUGCCCGCCAUUUUGUGGCGGCACCUACCUCACUGUGUCGGAAUUCAAAAAGGUUUGGGAGCCCUGGAUCAUGGUUCCUUCUCCUGUCCGUUGCUAGUCAGUCUGUAUGACUUUUAGAUUUGAGCGUCUAGUAAGUAACCACUGCGCCCUGUGCAGCUAGUGUGAUAUGUUACACAACUGGGUCCACAGGCAAAGAGGACCUGUCAUUGUCCAAGCAAAAUAAGAAGUGAGGAAGUUUGAAGCUGUGGCCCCAAACUGUAAGUGUGCUCUUAAGUUACACCUGUGGGACCUGGCUUGUUUGCUCCUUUUGACUUUCUGUCUCUAAAGGACCUUCUGGAAGGAGCUUGGUGCAUGACACAGAGACCCCUCCCUCUUGUUCCUUUUGGAUACUCCUGCCAGUUUGGGCACCAAACUCCUAUGGGUAGCUCCAGAUACCACAGUGUUGAUACCUUGCUAUCAAGAUAUCUUUUUCUUGGUAGAUUUCGUAUCUUGGUAGAUUUUUCUCCCACUCUUGGGAGAUGCGCGGUUGGAUCCAGUGAUGUUUGAGCAGACAGGAAAAUGCACUUAGCUCAGUUCUGUUUGUAGUGUGUGGCACUUCAGUAUCACUUUUAAUGUGAUAAUGUGCAUAUAGACCAAUAGGAUGUACAUCAGACAGUUUGCAUAUUUUAUUUGCUUUUUGAAAUGGUACCAGAAGGCAUACCUAGUUCUGUGCCUUUGUGGGAAAGAUAGGAUCCACUCACUUUUGCUUAAUUCAAGCAGAUAGCAAGGAGCGACUUUAAAGCUUCCAUUGCGCAAGAACUAUUGUGAACAUGAACUCUUCUGGGGGAUUCAGCCCAGAGGCAGCUAAAACUGUCUACCCAGAGGUAACGCCGAUUGUGUUCAAGUGGAUGCACUCCUAGAUAAGUAUGUUUAGGACUGCUUCCUUGUAUACACUUACCUUCAAGUAUAUCAGCCCAUUCUCCAUGGGACUUGCUUCCAAAUAAAUCUAUCAACAACAGUUUGCUGUGGUGGAUAAAUAGCACUUCCAUGUUCAGUGGUAGUAUACCUCUGAAUACCAGAUGCUAAGAGAAAAGAACAGGGAAGGGCUGACACAUGGCAGAAACCAUUGACAUGAACCUUUGGUCUGCUGCGUGACUUUGCCUGUAUAAGUACUACCACAUGGUCCCGAACACCCACUCGUAUGUAUAUGAUUGUAAAUGUGUUGGUAGAUUUUCCCCACCCCCCAGCAGGAAGUUGUGGGAUCAGUUUAUGGCAUUUACAAACAUAGAACACUUAUUUGUUUACUUACUUUACUUACAGCCUCCCUUUUUCUUGAGACCUUGGCUCCCAGUUUAUCUGUCCCUUUCUGCCAUUCUGCCAAUCCCACCUGAUUUUCAGAGUCAUGCUGCUGCUUAGCUAAGAAUUAUUGACGGGGUCAUCUUCCAUACAUUUGCAGGCUAUCUAAACUAGUGGCCACCACUAUGUCUUUUGACAGUGAGUUCCGUUAGUUAAACUAUGGCCCUUUCCAUACAAAUCACCUAAAACGUUUGUAAAACAUUUUCAAUCCCCCCUUUACCACAGUGUUUGUCUGCACUCAUCACCCCGAAACAAUUCAUGGCUGCCGUGAGGGGUUCCCCCCCUUUUUUGAGUUAUUUGGUGAUUCCAUGCUGUUUGCUAUGAUUCUAUAGCCUGUAUAAUCAAUGCUGUACAGAAAUGAUGAAAAUAAACAGGGGGAAUGAAGUGAGCUCAAUGACGCAAUAAAAUGGCACCAAGGACAUACGAGGACAGCAGAGAGACAUAGAAAACUUAGUAAAUAGAUCACACAGUAAGUGAAAAUGUUUUGAGAAUGUGUCAAGCUAAAGGAUCAUUUUAAAAGGGGAUUCAUUUAAAAAGUUUUGAGGUUGGAAAUAAAACUUUUGGAUUACAAAAGGGAAAAAAAAACAAUGUGGAACUCCAUGGAGGGAACAUUUUAUUUCCUGCCUCAACACAUUCUAAAAGGUUUGUGCAGAAAGGGCCAAAGUGUUGCGUGAUGAUGUAUAUUUUCAUAGCAGAAGUGAAGUAAAUUUUGGCCCUUGCCUAUGAAAACAAACUUUGGCUUUCUAUUCUUGGGGGGUACAGUGGAAGUUAUAGUGCCAAAAUUGUAACUGGGUUCUUUUGACUUCCUUGCCGGGGCUGACUGCUGUGCUGUGAAAAAAUUCUAUUUUAUAAAUAGUUGCAAUAUAUAUGUAAGAAGUGUUUUUUUUCCUCACAAGGAUUGUAUUAAAUACGUCAGAAAUUGGGGCAAAUAUUUGCAAAAUAAACUAGAAUC